GUGGAGUCCCGCCCAGCUCAUUAGCCUGUCUGGUGACGUAAGGUGCGGUCAGGUGGUUGUGUGUUUACAGCAGGAGGUGAGCGAGUGUGGGAAGCGCGUCACUACCGAGCACCGACUGCAGCCUCGGCCUCUCUCCGGGCCGUACUGAGGAGAUUUCGACGCAGUCCCAGAUCCAACGGUCGAUCGCACUUGAGCAGCUGACCCGGGAUCCGCUAGACUGAUUGAUUGCUGUUUGAAAUGAUCAUUUACUGAGCUGAAAAGGGGUUCUAUCCAAAAUGGGAGGGGCAGUGAGUGCGGGAGAGGACAAUGACGACCUGAUUGACAACUUAAAGGAGGCUCAGUACAUCCGAACCGAAGAGGUGGAGCAGGCUUUUCGCGCUAUUGACCGUGCAGAUUACUACCUGGAUGAAUUUAAAGGAAUUGCGUAUAAAGACUUAGCCUGGAAGCAUGGAAAUAUCCAUUUGUCUGCCCCCUGCAUAUAUUCUGAGGUGAUGGAGGCUUUGGAGUUACAGCCGGGCCUGUCCUUCUUGAACUUGGGCAGCGGAACUGGAUAUCUAAGCACUAUGGUGGGACUCAUCUUGGGGCCUUUUGGAGUGAACCAUGGUGUUGAGCUUCACCCAGAUGUCAUUGAAUAUGCAAAGCAAAAGUUGGAUCAGUUUGUUCGCACAAGCGACUACUUCGACAAAUUUGACUUUUGUGAACCAUGCUUUGUGGCUGGAAACUGCCUGGAGAUCUCUAUGGAAUCUUCGUCUUAUGACCGUGUGUACUGUGGAGCUGGAGUACAGAAAGAGCAUGAGGAAUACAUGAAGAACCUGCUUAAAGUGGGUGGGAUUCUCGUGAUGCCCCUCGAAGAGAAGCUUACAAAGAUAACCCGUACAGGCCCAACAACCUGGGAAACCAAGAAGAUCCUGGCUGUAUCGUUCGCUCCUCUAGUGCAACCAAGUAAAUCAGAAAAUGGAAAAAGACAUCCACUCCACCUGCCUCUUCCAAAGGUGCGCUCAUUGCAAGAUUUGUCUCGAAUCACCAUCAGGAGAUGUAUUAAGAAGGCCAUCAAACAGGAGGCCUCCUGCAGAGGAAGGGUAAGAGCACUAAAGCACCCACUCUGCCUGAAACGUAGGCGCCUGCACAGACGUCGGAUGGAGACCAUAGUCUUUCUGGACAAAGAAGUGUUUGCUAGCCGCAUCCCAAACCCCUUUGAUGACAACAACAACUGCGAAGACACGGAGGAAGAUCCAAGAGAGGAGGAGGAGCAGGUGGUCAGUGAGACAAAGCCAGACCCUCCUGUUAACUUUCUCCGAGAGAAGAUCCUGAGUCUGCCUCUUCCAGAUCCUCUUAAAUACUAUCUACUCUACUACCGAGAGAAGUAAACCCCAGGACAACCUUGCAGCCUUCUGACCAUGCAAUUUUUGCCUUUUUUUCACCAUUGUUUCUCCAGCUCUGUGACCAAAUGGUCUCCUGUCUCUUCCAUUCUGAAUUCUUUUUUUAUAAGGAAUUGCCUGUAUUUCUCUAAAAAACUCUUCUGGUGCUUCAUCCAGCAGAGGAGCCCUUUUAUAAGCCUUGCUUCAACCAUCUAUCCUCCGCUUGGUGUAGCAUUAGAGUAACUUUUUUUCAUCUGUGGUGGUUUUUCUCCAGCAUCGAAAAUGUUUUGACCAACUUGAUGAUUAUUGUGCUACUUCAUGAUCUACUCUUCCAGGUAAUACUAGAAGACAUCGAAUUCAUAUUGCAUUCUGCAUAGAUGGAGCCGUAGACUGAUACGUAGGCUUACAGUAUUGGAGCUUCCUUUUAUGUGUUGCAGCUUUUUGGAUAAAAAAAAAAAACUGAGUAACUUGUAAUUCAGGGUAUGCAGAAUUGAGUUUCUUGGUUGCAAAUUUACUGGGCUGACUCCAUGCAAACUAUGCAACAUUUUGCACGUGAGAUCUUGCUCUAUACUCGACCGAUCUGAUCUGCAAGUACAGGCCUAGAUCUAUCACUGGAUAACAUACAGCUUCCAUGUUAUAACCACUCUCUGCUGUACCUUCUGAUAAUACUGAACAGACCAAACUAUCAUUCAGCAAACUCACAUGCCCUUUUAAAUGCCAUGCCAAACCUCUGGCAUCGGUCAUGUUUCCUCAAGAGCAGUUAUUGCCAACAUGUAGCAUUCUAGCUGUUGUUGCAGAGCUAUAGGUUGGGAGAAAACUGAUAUAGUGAUGGCCAUAGACUAUCAGGACAUGAUGGGAGUUUAGUUACUUCGAUGGUUAAAACUGAUCCUAGGUCAACUGUUUGUUCGACCAAAUUAAAUGUGCAAGUGUCCCAUCUUAUCCUGAGUCACUUGUAGAAGUCUGUUUUAUAAAUUUAUAUUUUUUUGGUAAUCAUUGCUAAAAAAAAAUCAAUAAAAGCUCCAGUGGCAGGAUAGUUAAACCUGAAUAAUGUGUAAUUGAUGGGAAUGCUAUAUGCUGUACUUCAAUGUAACCAUGAGGUGGAGCUAGGGUACACGGCUUAAUACGGUGGAGGAGACGAUGGAACUGAGCCACAAGUCAGCAGUAAGGCUAUUUUCUAUGUUUUAUAGGAUCCUAGGUUAAACUAUGGGUGACUAGGUUUUGUGUGGUUCACAGGUCAUUGCUAAGGUAUGUAUAAAUAAAGCAUCAAAGUGCAGUGGGCGGUAUGUAAUAUGUGAUUUUGUGUUAAAGGGAUCUAUCUAAAUCUGAGAAGGUGCUUUCCUCUUAAUAUCUUUGCAACGUUGUGUCCAUGUCCUUAGAAAAAAGGUAACAAAUUAUUGGGGUCUGAUCACUUGGACACCGACCAAUCAAAACAUUUUGACAUAUUUCUGCCAAAAAAAACUUAAUGAAGGGACACUCUUUAUUGCAAGUCAAUAUUGAUAUUUGUAUUUUUUUUUUUAUUUUUUUUUUUUUUGAGGAUAAA